UCUGAGGCUUCAGAUGUUUUGGCAGCUAGCGGCUGGAAGUGUUGGAAGGAACAGGAACAGGACCAGACACACACUCUCACACACACAGAAUGACAGCUGUCGGGGAGCUGGUUCUUUUGCUGGGGCUGCUGCUGGCAGCUCACUGCGAUGUGCGGGCCAGGGACCCCGAGCUGGAGGAAGAGGAGGAGGAGGCCACGGCAGGGGACUCCUACGGGGGACGGGCCAGCUGGGACCGGGGGGUCCCUUUCACAGGGGGGUACGGGGGGCACCACCACAACACCCACCACCCCACCAGGGGGCACGGACCGGUGGAUCUCCCCGGGGGAGCGCGCCAUCAUCCCAGGGACCAGCGGCAGGCUCACGCCAUGGGCCACGGGCAGCAGCACGCCCAGGAGGACACGCCCGCAGGGGAUGGGGGAACCGGGCCCCAGGGCAUCCCGGCCCGCACCGGGAACUGGUGUGCGUAUGUGCAGCGGCGCGUGAUCACCAUGGCCGUGUCCUGUGGGAUGGAGAAGUACACCAUCAAGUCCCAGAGCCCCUGCCCCAGCGGUACCCCCGACUGCCAGAUCAUUCUGUAUAAGAUGUCCACACGGCCGGUGUACCGGGAGAAGCAGAAGAUUUUCACAGCCUUACUAUGGCGCUGCUGCCCUGGCCAUGGGGGAGAGAGAUGUGAAGACUCAGUUCCAGAGGACCAUGUCGCUGAUCCUCAGUCGCCCACCGUGGCAGGAAGAACCCAUCCAGGAGAAUGGACCACUGUUCACCAGCCAGGAGCGCAAGGACAACCACAACUUAUCAGUGACCCGAACUGGGAACAGAAUGACUUUGAGGUGUCGGGCAGUGAGCUGUAUGAGGCCCGCGGGACGCCAGCGGAGAACGACACGUCUGCGGACCUCACCUACGACUACCCACACAGCCCCCAAGACCACGCAGACCAUAACCACAGUCAACAUGCCUACGAUCAAGGAGGUCCCGUAGAUGUGAACCUACCUCUUCCCAACUCUCCUGGCCUUUUGGCCCUACCUCACUUAGUUUCCGUGAUCAUGGCCCAGCUCCAGCCGACCUUGGACGGCUUCAACCACCACUUGGACCGCCUCUCCCAGGAGGUGGGGGGCCUGUCCCGCGACGUGGCCGCCCUCAAGCUCCAACAAGAGGAGAGGGGAAGAGGGGACCGCGAUCGUGAAACCCUGAGCCAAGGAGUUGUGGAGACGCAAGAGGGGCAGGAGGGGCAGGAGUACCCAACGAGUCGCUAUGAGUUCCUGGAGGGGAAGCUGGAGGAGAGCUUCCAACAGAUCGAGGAGCUGCAGAGGCAGUUGGACGAGAGGCUGCAUUCCCAGCAUGCCAUGCUUCACUACAACCUGACCAUCUUCAAGACGGACGUCGAUGCCAAGGUCAAGCGACAGCAGAAGAAUUUACAGCUGAAUCUUCAGGCCUUGAACUCGUCUAUCCUAGAGCUGAGGCAGAGCCAGGAACACCUAGAGGAGGAAAUCCAGCGAUCCUGGGACACACCCAUUGAAGGACCCAUCAUCCCCGCUCAGAGCCAACCGACCAGCAUGGACACGUCCCACAUCUGGGAUGCCAUCGCCCGUCUGGACGAGAAAGUGGUGAAUAACACGGUGAGGGUGGAUGCUUUAAGCGAGGGGCUCCGGGUGACGGACGAGGGCAUCACCAACCUGCAGAGCGUCCUGCAGGGGCUGGACGAGAAGAUCGUCGACACUGGCCGCCAGAGCCAGAUCCAGUUCAUGGAGACAGGUCUUGAGGUGGACGCAGCACGGGCGGUGGUGCUCCAGCGGGUGGAUGAGCUGGCCAACAACCUGACCCUCCAGGGCGAACAGCUGCAGGAUGUGGACAACGACAUGGACUAUUUGUUCAAGCGCCUCUACGCUAACGCCAGCUCAGGCGGCGGUGGCUGCAACUGCCAGGCCUCGCUCUCCAAAUUGCAAGAGGCCAUUGCCAGCGUCAACACGUUAGCCAACAAGAACCAGAUGGCCCUGGAGAAGGACGCACAGUCCAAGCUAGAGGGCUGGAAUGACUGGAUGCCAUCCGUGCAGGACCUCAAGCAAGGACUGAGUUAUGUGCAAAACGCGCUGGCCUUUGAGCAGGAGAGAACCCGGGCCCUAAAUUUCAACGUGUCCGUGCUGCAGGCCUCGCUCGUGGCCAGCCAGCAGGACAUCCAGGCCCUCCAGAACAAGGAGGAUAGGAAGGAGGCUGAGGUCCAGCGCCUCCAAAGCUCCUUCGACUCCGUGCUGAUGGACGCCACCCGCCACGCCGAGGUCCUGGAGGUGGUGCUGGGCAUGGAGGUGCUUGAUUUUUCAAAGUUGCCCAUGGACAAGCAGAUGGAAAACUCCAUGCCGGCGACUAGGAAGUUGAUCCAGGAUUUGAAGAAGCAGCUUGCGUCGGCUUCGGAGUCCGAGGCAGCAGAUGAGCCCGGACGAGUGCUGACUGACUGGGAAAUGCAAGGACUUGCCAAGAAAAGUGGAGACAAAGAUUUGAAAGAAAUCCUAUAUGAUGAGCCAGAGGAUGGACAAGAUUACUCUGACAGUGACUUUUGGAGUCUGGACAAGGCCGUGGAGGAACUUGCCAUUCGGGUGAAGAGCAUUGAAGGGCGAUCCUGCCCUGCUUCCUGCUGCAACUGCACCAAGGACACCACCCCCAGUGGGGUGGAGGGGAAACUGCAGGCAGAGGUCAACUCUCUGCGCCAAGGCCUUGAAGAGCACCUGCAGGUAUUCAAGAGCCUCUUCAGCAACACAGAGGGUCUGACUGGCUCGGAGGCUUCACUGGAUCUUGACAAACUGUCAGCGAUGAUGAAGAGGAAGGACGCUAAGCAGCAGAAGAGGCAGCAAAAGAGGGGCAGCCUUCAGGGAGAGAAAGCCACCCAUCGUAGCAGGAGGGAUGUAUCACUUGAGACAACAGCUAUCCAAUCAGACUAUCCCCUUGCGUUCAUUUCAAGUACCAAGAGUGGCAGCAGUAAGGAUGGUCCGCUGAUCUUUGAGGACACCCUUUUGGACCGUGGCCAAAUGUACUCUGCCACAACCGGAGUGUUCCGUGCACCCGUCAGAGGACUUUACCUCUUUGUCGUGACGCUCGAUUUUGGGCCAGGGGCAUCUUUGGCUCGUCUAAUGAGAGGCGAGGGAGUUGUAGCAGCGAGCCUUCAUCAGAGCCAGCGGAAGCCAGCGGGACCUGCCACACGUGUAUGUCUGCUGCAGCUCGAGCUGGGCGAGCAGCUGUACCUAGAACUAUCCCAGGGAAGUCUGGUGGGCAGCAGCCCACAGGACAAUACUUUCACCGGGCUAUUGCUUUUUCAGACCACCUGAGGGCGCUCUUCAUACUUCACAAAACCGAGGGAAUAUGUUUUACAAAGACAGACAGCUGCUCAUAUGCAUAUUUUUAUUAUUCUGCAAGUCCUUUGUUAUCACGCUAUUUUGGUUGCUUUAUAUUUAUGGUUAGCCAUUUCCAUUGAGCACAUUUAUUGACUGUGUCACAUGGAGCAUAGUAAGACAGGUGGCUGAUGCCUGAUGAGCUGGCCUCUGACUUCUGAUGAGAAUUAGUUGAAGAGGCAGACUGGAAAACUGAGGAAAGACAUUGUCAAAGGCAGUGCACCUCACAUACUGUAUUACUUUCUAAACUGAUAUACAUUAAGAGAUAUUUUUUUAUUAGCCUGGUAUAGCCCAUCCUACUUAGCUUUGGAUAAGUUAAUAUUGUAUUUUAAAUCAUAUUUAGGCACUGGGUAAUAUCCCUAAUAGCAUUACCAAGUCAGUCAGAUGUUUCCAUUUGUAGAUGUCUUGCUUAUAUUGCAGAGCUUGGCUUAGCCUACUGAGUAGGCUAAUGAUUAGCCUACAUGCAAUAGGCCUAGGCCAUUUUACCUUACAUAGCCUACAGAAGCGUCAAACCUGUUAAAGGUAGGGUAAGCAAUGCUGAAUGACAUUGCGUUUGUUUAUGCUUAUGUUCGUGUUUCUUAGCAGACAUUUUUGUCAAAAGCAACUUCCUUAUAUUUGAGCUGAAGACCAAACAAAAACAGAAGUAGCUCACCUGUCCCUUCAGCACUCCCCGAGAAACUCCACAAAGGGGUUUGUUAUUGUUUGAGGGGCAGGCUGCCCCCACAUUGUUUGGUUCACAUUUUUUUUACUGUGUCCUCAGAGAACGGUGAGUUAUCAAAUCAUGAGGAGAUAUUUGCUAAAUGUUUCUAAAUUUGUUACGUGUUAGAAAUUGCUUAAUCGCUUACCGUACCUUUAAACCAAUUGGGGUGAACCAGCUAGCAGGUCAUAACAGACUUCUUACCUUCAUAAAUUGCAAAAGCACUAAGGGGAGUGACCAUGUGGAAGUCACUUUUACAGCUACUGUUAUGUAUGUUUUCAAAUGGUUUCUUUUCUAUGAGAAUCAACCAAGCCAAUGCUUGUAAAGCAAACUGUUGUAUUGUGUGUGUGUGUUUGUGUCUGUCCUAAAGUUGCACUCCACAAUUCUAAGCUAAUAUACUUUCUUUUAAACUGAGCUCAUUGCUCCUCAUGGCCUGUCUGUUCAGUGUGUUUUGCACACUCAUGAUGCUAAUAAUGGGAAACAAACAGGCCGGAGGUGCGUUCAAAUUCGCAAACAUAGGCGAACGUUUAUAAAAGAUUUUCUGAUUGCCUUGAGUUUUCCGCAAACAGUUUGAGGAGGUAGUUCAGUGCAAACACAUUGAGAGUUGGACGGAGAGUUACCAUUGAGAUGGAAUGUUUACACAAAAUAGUGACUGUAUGGUUCAUCCAAACAUGUUUGCCGCAAACCUUCGCCUCUGUUCAAGGAACUUGAACGCACCUCUUGACUGAGCCAUGACGAAUUCCAACCGAUCAGCACAUUGUUUAAAGUUGCUCUUAGCGUUGUUGGGUAACGUCACUUUUGUUGAUGUUCAAACAAAACAGAGAGAUAGCCAAGGGGGUAGGCGAACGUUCGGAGAGCGUACCCUCUAUGGGCAGCUUUGAGGCUAGAAGUCGUUCAGUUGGAGUUAGCAUUCCAUUGACCCCAAUUAA